UGGCGCCGAUAUAACGAGCCAAUUUCAAGCCCUACAACAAGCCCCUCGAUGAAGCCUCACGGACGGAGUCUGGAGGAUCGAUGGUAAGGGCUCGAUAUAUGAGCCAACAGGUAAUUUGAGGGUCAAUGGCCGGAACUCCGCGUUUCGCAGAACGAAUAGAGGUUACGUCACAUCACACCAACUGCCGAAAGCCGCGGUAUCCCCACAGCUCAUAGAGCUACUACUCGUUUCUCUGCUAAGUAGACCUCGACUGCUACCAGGAAAACGUCUUCUCUCCGCCAGCUCCCCCGCACUACACGCCGCUUCACGAUUCGGGAUUCCAGCUUCUGCCAUUCGUGCUCAGAAAAUCCUUUUAUCAGCUCGUCGGGUGCUCUAUACUACCUAGUCAUGAUGGCAGUCUCUUUGUACUUCAUCGUGACGCUUCUUGGUGCACUUGGCGCAUGGUUGUACACCCCUGUCAGACACUUCACCACUAUUCUAGGGUUUCGACCGUUCGAGAGUGCAGCCAAUAUACAUGGCAUCGAGACUAACUUCAUCCCUGACACGGCAGCCUGCGAAGACUUGGAAUACCAUGCUCCCUCGGGCAUGCUAUACACUGCUUGUGUGGGAGAUCUCGAACGUGCUCGUACUUGGAUGCCUGGUGCCGGGGCUCUAGAGCGCCCUGAUAGACCCCCCUUUGGUACCAUUGUGGUGAUUGACCCCACGACAUUGAAGUCACAGAAGUUGACCCUGGAAAACUUCAAAGGGCCCUUUUCUACGCAUGGCAUUAGCCUUUACACACCGCCGUCCAACCCAGACGUGGUAUAUGUAUAUGCCAUUAAUCAUCUGCCUAACCCGCGAUGGACGCUGGGCUCCAAGACAGAGGGAAGAGCGGCCUCACAAGUUGAACUUUUCGUGCACACUAUUGGCAGCAAGACAGCCCGGCAUUUGCGCUCAAUUAUUCAUCCCAUGAUCCGGACACCGAACGAUCUUCUCGCAAUCUCCGAGAAUGAGUUCCUGGUGACCAACGAUCACUACUACCGCGAGGGUUGGAUGCGAUCUAUCGAGGAGCUCGUUCGCUAUACGAGUUGGACUGAUCUAGUUCACGUGCGCUUCGACGACCAGAGCGUUGAUGCAGCCGUAGCGCUCGAUAGCAUCCCAACGAACAACGGUCUUGGGUGGGGACCUGAUCAGCAGGUUGUCAUCAGCGAUGCAGUGGGCGGCAACGUUUACUUCGCCAGCCUGCCCUCUACCGAGAAUAGGACGAUGACGGUCUCUCACUAUAUUCCCAUUGACUGUGUAGUCGACAAUGCUAAUUACUUCGCGGAUCCGUACGCCGGUGUUGAUGGCAAGGACUACAGCGGGUAUCUCAUGCCAGGGCUAGCAGACGCUACACAAUUCGUUCGCAGCUAUGGCGACCCAGAGUUCAAGGCCCCCAUGUCCGGUCAUGUCUGGUACCUACCUGCAAUCGCAGGCAAGAACAGGGAUGUCAACGGCAAGAAGCUUUCUAAGCUCAUCUUUAAGGACGAUGGGUACACUAUACGAUCCGUGACUACUGCUAUCCUUGUGGCUAUUGAUCCAGCGAAAAACGGUGGAAAGCGAGAGGGCUGGCUUUUCGUUACGAGUGUUAUUGGAGCACAGAUGUUGGCUAAUAGGAUUGAUUUCGAGACAGCGUUGGUCUAGAUCGAACACUGGACUGGGGCUGAUAUUACACAAUCUAAUUGCGGUUUAUGAUGUCCUUACUUUGACAAGCAGGUCAAAAGUGUGGAUAUUUAAAGUUGACUGACUUAAGUUCUCGGCAUUUGGGAUUUAAGAUAUAUGAUAUGCGCGGUUGAAUUUCCUGCGAGCGAUGAGACAGCCAAACCAUCAGCUCCUCCUUUGUCCUCACCAAUCAUUGAAACAAUCAAGAAUUCCUAUUCUCACAACGCUAGCUUCAAUAAGUGUUCAAGAUCAGCUACCAUUAUACUAACAGAUG